AUGCUCCUCUCAUCACUGAAACGCAUUCGAAAGCCAAACACUCACCUCAACAGCAGGAUUCAGACGACGGAAAUGUCGCUCAAAAUCGGCCUAGUUGGUUUGAUCAUACUUCUCGGCUCAUCCCCUGCCCGGGAAGUGCCUUCCAUCAUCGAAAAGUUCUAUAAACGGCCGGCCGGCCGAAGCCGCGCCCUAGGACACGGACUUCGAGAGGCUGGCGGCGAUCGAUCCUCGGGCUACGGAUACCACGGCGAUCACGUGAAGGACUUCAACGCGACCUAUCUCUAG